AUGUCAGCCUCAGAUGCUACUGAACAAUUGAAUGAUUUGUCCCUCAAGGAACAGACUGUCACUCCUUGGGAUGUGGAGGGUGCAGUCGAUGAGAACGGAGUUGUCCAGUCGAUCGAUUAUGAUAAGCUUAUUAAGCAAUUCGGUACCAAGCCCAUCACAGAGGAUACAUUAGCUCGAUUUGAACAAGUGACUGGACAAAGACCACAUCACUUUAUGCGCAAGGGCCUCUUUUUCAGUGAACGUGACUUCAACAAGAUUUUGGAUCUGUACGAACAGGGAAAGCCUUUUUUCCUUUACACUGGCAGGGGUCCUUCUUCCGACUCUAUGCAUCUUGGUCAUAUGAUCCCUUUCAUGUUCACUAAGUGGCUUCAGGAUGUCUUCGACGUACCUUUAGUUAUCGAAUUGACCGAUGACGAAAAAUUCUUGUUCAAACAAAAAUUGACCAUUGAGGACGUCAAGAAAUUCGCCAAAGAGAACGCUAAAGAUGUGAUCGCUGUUGGCUUUAACCCAGAAAACACAUUUAUUUUCUCUGAUUUGGAAUACAUGGGCGGUGGUUUUUAUGAAACCGUUGUGAGAGUGUCUAGACAGAUCACCGGCUCCACUGCGAAAGCCGUAUUUGGAUUCAAUGACUCUGAUUGCAUUGGUAAGUUCCACUUUGCUUCCAUUCAAAUUGCUAGUGCUUUCCCUAGCUCAUUCCCUGAAGUACUUGGGCUGCCACCAAAAACCCCAUGUUUGAUUCCUUGUGCUAUCGAUCAAGACCCUUACUUUAGAGUUUGCAGGGAUGUCGCUGACAAGCUCAAAUACAGCAAGCCUGCCCUACUACACUCCAGAUUUUUCCCCGCUCUACAAGGUUCUACUACGAAGAUGAGUGCGUCGGAUGACACGACCGCCAUUUUUAUGACAGAUACACCAAAGCAAAUUCAGAAGAAAGUUAACAAGUACGCUUUUUCGGGUGGUCAGGUUUCUAUUGAGGAUCACAGAAAAUAUGGUGGUAACCCUGAUGUUGAUGUUGCUUACCAAUACUUGAGUUUUUUCAGAGAUGAUGAUCAACUACUUAAAGACUGUUACGACAAAUACAAGUCCGGAGAAAUGCUUUCCGGUGAGAUGAAGAAACUGUGUAUAGAAACUUUGCAGGAAUUUGUCGCUUCGUUCCAAGAACGUAGAGCCAAGGUCGAUGAUACCGUUCUGGCCCAGUUCAUGAAGCCUCACAAAUUGGUAGGUGGUCAAAAAGAAAGGCUCGUGCCAGUGAAGCCUAAAGAGAAGAAGUAG